AUGCUUCCUGGCGUUCGUCCUGGUGCUCUCUCUGGCAUUCACAAUCUUUCCGCACGCGACUCUGGUGAUCAUUCACAAUCCACCCAUCCUUCUCCUCGCGCUUCUCACUGGGACGGCAACUCGGCCUCAGAACUCCCUGCGGCAUUCGCUCCGUUGAAUCUUCCUCCCCCUGAAGAGUAUUUCCAACGAAAAGUUGCUCUAAUCAGCGGUAUCACUGGACAAGAUGGCUCUUAUCUUACCGAAUUCCUCUUGGAAAAGGGAUACACUGUACACGGUAUCAUCAGGCGUUCCUCGAGCUUCAACACUGGCAGGUUGCAUCACUUGUAUGAGGACCAGCACGAGAGGCCGAACAAAUUUCACCUUCACUACGGUGACCUCACCGACAGCACUGCUCUCGUGUUCCUCAUGGCCCGAAUCCUUCCAACUGAAGUAUACAACUUGGGAGCACAAAGUCACGUCAAGGUUUCCUUCUCACUCGCAGAAUACACUGCAGACGUGGAUGCCAUCGGUACUUUGAGGCUGUUGGAUGCUAUCCGAACUUGUGGCUUGACGAAACAUUGCCGAUUUUACCAAGCAAGCACAUCCGAGUUGUACGGUCUCGUGCAAGAGGUUCCUCAAAGCGAAACUACUCCUUUCUAUCCUCGAUCUCCGUAUGGUGUAGCAAAAUUAUACGCGUACUGGAUUACGGUCAACUACCGCGAGGCAUACGGGAUGUAUGCUGUAAACGGUAUCUUGUUUAAUCACGAAAGUCCCCGAAGAGGCAGAACAUUUGUCACUAGAAAAAUCACUCGAGCUGUUGCUGAAAUUUAUGAAAAGAAACAAGCAUGUUUGUGGCUUGGAAACCUCGACGCUCAACGAGACUGGGGUCACGCUAAUGACUAUAUAGAGGGAAUGUGGUUGAUGCUCCAAGGCCAAGGCCUUCCAGAAGAACCACCUACUGACUUUGUUCUCGCAACUGGAGAGACUCACCCCGUACGGGAAUUCGUAGAAAAAGCAUUUGGUGUUGUGGGUAUCAAGCUCGCCUGGUCAGGUUCCGGUCUCGACGAAGAGGCGAGAGAUGUGAAUACAGGCAAAGUUGUGGUCAAGAUAGACCCGCAAUACUUCAGGCCGGCCGAAGUCGAGCUUCUUCUCGGAAACCCUGCCAAAGCUGAACGUAUGCUGGGUUGGAAGCGUAAGGUCAACUUUGAGGACCUGGUCAAAGAGAUGGUAGAGGCUGACCUGACGGCUGUGAGGAACUUCGUCGAAGAUCAAAACUGA